UUCAUUGGCUGAUCCCUCCUGGUGACCCUGUUGGAGUCAUGUCAAACCAGGUCAUCAGGACGGAUCAGCCAAUCAUGAAGAAAAUGUACUAUUUCAAUAGCGCUGCCCAUGCUGUCAGACACUAUAAUGGUACAUACUGUAAAACUUAUAUUAAACGCUGUCUCAUAUAGCCGCCUGUCCCUUUUAAUAGCCGGGCAAUGGCACACAUUUCAACAAAUAAACACCUAGUCUAAAUUAAUUGUUUACGAGGUUACCAUGAAUUGUUUUGAGGUUUAAAUGUUUGAUUUGUUACAUUGAGUAAUUCAGAAAUGACUGGGAAAAUGAUGGCUAUCGUUCCGUUUUUAUUACCAAUACGAAACUGCUAGCCCUUGGCUGCUAACAGCUGAGAACUGCUAGACAACUGGCAAGCACAAAAACAGUCAACAACUUCUGAUCACCUUCUGGUGGCGAAACUAAAAACUGCCAAAAAUUCACAGUCAAAUGAGAAUAAUUAUUCUGUCAAGGAAUUUGUUUGUUUUGAAAUAGAGGCACACUAAGACAAAACAAACGUGACACUGUGUAAAGGAUAAACACAUCAGUGCAGCAAAUUAAGACAUUUAUUAAAAUGCUCGAAGUGACCUUCGCCUCUCCCGAGUCCAUAGGAGAGUUGCAGUGAUGGGACAAGACUAACUACCAAUUGGAUUCAAUGAAAUUGGAGCGAAAAAGAGACCUCCAGCUGCUCACUCUCACUGAAGAGGAGGUUAACCCUGAGCAGCAGCACCGUGAGCAGGAAUGGAGCGCCAAUCUGGGGCUGCAGGAGUCUGAUGCUGAAGAGUCUAUAUGGAACUCUAUCAACAUAACUGUAGAGAACCGCACAGAAUCUGAUGGCGAGAGCUACAGCGAGUCCGAAUCAACCAGUGACUAUGAGCCCCCCUCUGACAGUGACAACAGUGAAAGUGAUCAUGUACAUAUGGACAAUAGAAUACGAUUGUCAGGGUUAAAGCCUCUUAAAUCAAAGCGAGGAAGAGGACGGCCAAGGAAAGAAACUGGGGCUUUGCCUGAUUUAAAAUGUGAUAUGUGCAUAAAAUGUUUUGCGACAGCAAGUGGUCUGAGAAGGCAUCUGCAAAAUUGGCACAGUGAAGAGAGACCGAUAGGACUGCCAAGGAAAGAAACCAGUGAGUUGUCGGAUCUGAAAUGUAACGUUUGCGGAAAAUGCUUGGCGACGGCACGUAGUCUGAAAAGGCAUCUGCAACUCAGGCACAGCGAAGAGAGACCAUACAUGUGCGACACAUGUGGACAAUGUUUCGCCUUGAACCGCUACCUGAUCCGGCACAUGAAGAUUCACGCUGAUGAGAGACAACAUUGCUGCACCAAAUGUGGCAAACGUUUCUUUCACAAGGAAAGUCUGAAAAAUCAUAUGGUUAAUAUUCACACAGGGCUGGUUUUUAAAUGUGAUUUGUGUGGAAAAUGCUUGUCAACAAAAGGUCGUCUGAAACUACAUCGGCAAAAUCACACUGGGGAGAAAUCCCAUCCUUGCAAAGAAUGUGACAAAGCCUUCGACUGCGAGUCUGGCUUGAUAAAGCAUAUGAGGACUCACACUGGGGAGAAACCAUUUCAGUGUAAAGAAUGUGGCAAAUGCUUCGGCGAGAAGGGAAGCCUGACAAAGCAUAUGAUGACUCACACACAGGAGAAACCACAUCGCUGCAACGAAUGUGGCAGAUGCUUCAAUCUAAAGGGAAACCUGACCGUGCAUAUGAGGACUCAUACGGGGGAGGGAGUUCAAUGCCAUUUGUGUGGAACUUACUUGAAGUUAGCAUCAAGUCUGAAGAGACAUCUGCGGACUCACAGAAGAAAUAUUCACAAAGACUAAGAACACGUAACAAUGCACUUUGUGUUAAAUGGAAGGUAGAGGAUGUAUCAAGAGGACAGCUCUCUGAUCACUGCUCUUGGUUAAGGGCACAGUCUGCCAUUUGGAAAUCUGUUCAAUGGUCAUUUUAAGAGACCUUACACUUUCAAGUUCAAGUUUGUCAGAUGGCACGGAGUUAGGUCAGUCCGUGCCUGCGUUCUGACUUGUCAUAUUAAAACAUUGAAACGGUUUAGGCCUAUUGGCUUAUGAAAUGAAUUUAUUAAAUGUUAUGUGUGUUGUGAGGAGAAACGCAUGUUAGUUUGUUGUCAGACGCCGACAUUCAAUUGGUUUUGGGCACGCCAAAUAUUUGCUUGAAGCUCUGCUAAUUUACUUUGUCUAAUCAUGCUUUUGCUUAUUCAUUUUACCAUUCAAAUGCACAUGUUUUGGUUAUGUUAAAGGUAGAAAUUGAUUGCAAACUUACCUGGUAAGGGUCAUUUGAAAGGAGAAUCGUUUGUUCCGCUCUGUCAUGCUCCCCAGCCUGGUCUCAUAGACUAGACGUAGCAUAGUAAACGUAACUCCUAACCCAGCAAGCCAGCUAGCUAACAUUAGCUGCCUAGCUAAAGUUAGCCACACAAAAUUGGAAUUUGUAACAUACAUUUUGCAAAUUCGUAACAUAUUGUACAUUUUGAAAAUUCACAUAUUACACAAAAUGUAUGAUGGAUAUCCACAAAUUAAUACAUACCAUGCGAAACGUAACAUACUAAAAGAAGUGUUGCGGAUUUACGUACAGAAUAUUACAAAAUGCUCAGAGACCAGGCUGAUGAUCCGCUGCAUCUGGAGGUGGUGUGUCCAACAGAGCAGCGCUUCUUAGCCUGUGUUACUGGGUUCUGUAAUGUGGUUGAAUCCCAGGGGGGGAGAAAUGUUACACAAAUCUAUUAUAUGCUUUAUGCAAACACGGUUAUUGAAGUGUGUGUGUAUUUAUGAAUUGUCAAUGUGAUUACCUUAUGGUUAUUGAUAAUUUCAUUAAUGUAUUUUGACCAUUUAGUUGUGAUCGAUCAAAAGUGGUACAUUCCAAGGUGAGGCUUGAGGGACUUGUACUUAAACCUUGCCAUUUAAUUGUUGGCCAGACAGAGACAGGGCUACGGUUCCAUGCUGGCCGUAGGGGACGCACUUUUCACGGCACAUUGAUACGAAGUGAUUUUUGUAGCAGGUUAGGAGAGCAUUUUCUCUAACCCUAACUCUUUCCCUAACCUUAACCUCAAUCUCCUAACCUGCUGCGGAAAAGUAAUGUCGGUGUCGUAAAAAGUGUUUCCCGCUUGCAUAAACCAGGCAUGAUGGAGGCCUGGUUUAUUUUGAGCUCUCCGCUUAUUUGAUUUGCCCCCAGUUUGUUUCCUCGUCUUGUUAUUUUCCGUUGUACAUAUGUAAAGAGUGUACAGUUUGCCAACUACUCUACGUCACUGUAAAUAAACAUCCGCCCCUGGACAUUGCACCGCUACUUCUUGUCUGCUUUCUCCCUGAAACCUCCACCUAUAGG